ACCGCUGUUCUUCACUGUCCGUCUCCAUCGGCGGCUUAGUGACUCAGUCGUGCGGUGUAUCGACUUAAUCAUUACCACCAGCACGAGUCUGUUAUUAUACACCAUGCAUCAUGGGGGUAAAGUGCUCAUUUUUAACAGUACAGCGUGUUUGUUUAAUAGCAGGUUAGCGCUUAUGUAAUUACUGUUUUCUCUCGCGCGGAGUUCUUAUAAAGCCCUUUGGCUACCGAGCAUCGUCGCAUUGGGACUGCAGGAGGGGGCACUUACUUUUUACCGUGCGUGCUUGGAGGAUCCUGAGUCAUGACCCAGACCUCAGCCAAUGGCUGCACCCAGCUGACCUUGACCUUUGCCCUCAUCCUGUCCCUUGGCCUGUUAUGUUGGCCCUUGGGAGAGGUCAGAGGUCAGACGGAGCUCCGUCCUGCUCAGAUCCUGCAGGAUCUCCUGAGCCGGUAUGGAGAAAACGGGACCAUCUCGGUGCCGCAGCUCCGGUCGCUCCUCGUGCGCCUCGGCACGGAGCAGAGCGGAGAAAACGCACCAGACACGACGACCACGACGCCGACAUCCAUGACCGCGACUUCCAUGACCAACCACUCGACGUGUUUAGCUACAGGCACUCUGGCGGCUCAUGGUCUGAGUGAGAAGUCCCGUUUGGACGGGCCGGGCCUGCAGGAGUUCUGUCCCACCAUGCUGCACCAGCUGGACUCUCGAGUGUGUCGAGAUGAACAGGAGCAGGAACCAGAACCGAGCGCCAAACCGUCCAACGCCGAAGUGUGGGGUUACGGGUUCGUGUGUGUAACGGUGAUCUCGCUCUGUUCGCUGGUCGGCGCCUGCGUGGUGCCCUUCAUGAGGAAAACCUUUUACAAACGGCUGCUGCUCUACUUCAUAGCUCUGGCCAUCGGCACGCUUUAUUCCAACGCGCUCUUUCAGCUCAUCCCCGAGGCUUUCGGUUUCGACCCCAUGGAGGCGUACUACGUGUCCAAAUCCGCCGUCGUCUUCGGAGGUUUCUAUCUGUUCUUCUUUAUGGAAAAAGUCCUCAAGAUGAUCCUCAAACCGAAACAUGGGGGAGGACAUGGUCACAGUCAUUUCCCAGUGGGAAACGGCGACAUGGAGGACGGAGUGAUGGAGAAGCUGCAGAACGGACAGGCAGGAGGAGCGGUGUCCUUGCCUCAAGUAGAGGGAGAGAUCAGAGAGGACGACAAAAUGCUGAGUACCGGACAAACGGCGCAGGACUCUCAAGGGGGGUGUUACUGGUUAAAGGGUCGAGCGUAUUCUGAUAUCGGCACCCUGGCGUGGAUGAUCACUCUCAGUGACGGACUCCAUAACUUUAUAGACGGUUUGGCCAUCGGGGCCUCGUUCACUGCCUCGGUGUUCCAGGGAAUCAGCACGUCAGUGGCCAUCCUGUGUGAGGAGUUUCCCCAUGAACUGGGUGACUUUGUGAUCCUGCUGAACGCAGGAAUGAGCAUCCAGCAGGCUCUGUUCUUCAACUUCCUGUCAGCUUGCUGCUGUUAUUUGGGAAUGGUCUUCGGGAUCCUGGCAGGAAACCAAUUCUCGCCGAACUGGAUCUUCGCUCUGGCAGGCGGAAUGUUCCUCUACAUCGCGCUGGCUGACAUGUUUCCUGAGAUGAACGAAGUGAGUCGUGAGGAAGAGGAAGCUGGAGGAAGCGCGAGCCUCGUGACCUUCGCCAUCCAGAACGCCGGCCUGCUAACCGGUUUCAGCAUCAUGCUCCUCCUGACCGUUUACUCAGGACAGAUACAGCUCGGAUAGCACCGGACAUGAUGGAAUCGACUCGACCAUUUUAACCUUUAACCCCGGCCUCGGAUUGAGGAUCUGCCCAUUGAGAAGUGAGUGCAGGACUCGGAUUUGAGCUCUACGCCUGAGAUUAACUGUGCAAUGUUGAAUGAACUCUGAGGAGCUGCUGAUAGGCUCGAGGGGGGGGGAACCUCACUCUGAGCCAAACUUGAACUGACGUACAAUAUGCAUUUGUGAUGUUUUUCCUUCGUUUUCUUCUGUAUCGUGACCUUUUUUCUUUGGUUUUCCUCGGACUUGUCUGUCACCAUGAUGGACCGGUUUGAGGCGAGCGCUUUGAUCGUCUAAUAGUCCACACGUGAUCUGUUUCAGCUCCAUGUUUGUUUAUUCAGCCGUCGUGUUUUUUUUUGUUGUUGUUUUUUGUUUUGUUUUAACGCUCGAAGUUUGGUUUCACUACCAUAUUUGAAAAGUAUUUGAAGUUCGCUGACCGUGUUGUAGACUAGCUCAAGUCCUAUACUGUCCUGUGCACUAAAAAAAACAGGUUACUAGUUUUAUUCUCCGGUCCUGCUCCAAACAAAUUCUGAGAUAAAACAUAACAGUGCAAAUGUCAAACUGGACGACUAGACUGCAAAUCCAUACGUUUGUUCUCUGCGCCAUAUAAUUAAGUUCCAAUCCUGUUUUCUACACACCCUUGUUGACUUCCCCUAACAACUCGGAGAUACUCGCAACCUAACGGAAGGAAAACCGUGCCGUUAAAGCCGUUUCUUCAGAACGUUUGUGUGUCUUUUAGCGAAUUUAUGACCUUUUAAGAUACAUUUUUUUUCCACAAACGGCAAGAUUUUCUCAGAGAUCCUGCUCACAAGUUUUAGCAAAUGAAAGUCAGCUAGAGGUAUGUCAGUUUAGCUUAUGCUAGUCAGCUAGCUGUCUUUAGCAGAUGAACAUUUAUGACUUAAAAUCCUGACAGGGGAGCUCCUGUUCGAUUUUGCUCAAAGAGGCAAGUUUUUCUCCGAUCCUGUCAUCAGCUGAUGUUAGCCAGCUAGCUAGAAGAUUACAUGAAAUCCUCUCAGGUUAGCUUCUAUUAACCUGCUCACUAUUUGAAUAGGUUUAGCAAAUGAACUUGAUCACCUAAAAUCCUUUCAGAAAUCCUGUCAGAUUAGCUCUGGUUAGCCAGCUGCUUAGCGAUAGUGGCUGAAAAUGUAUGAAAAUGAUAUAAAAUCCUCUCAGAAAUACUUGCAUUGGUUACUAGUCUCCUUCUAGCUAGCGCUGUGAUUUUAAAAUCCUGCCAGAAAUCUUGUCAUUAAUUAAAGUUCUCCAUCUAGUUAGCAUUAAGAUAAAAAAAAUAAAAAAUCCUCUCAGAAAUCCUGUCAGGUUUGUUCAUGUUAGCUAGCUAGCGGAUAAACAUUCCCGAAUAAAAUCCUCUCAGAAAUCUGGUCAGAUUAGCUCAGGUUAGCCAGAUGCUUUUAGCUAUGAUUUUAUGAUUUAAAAUCCUGUCAGCUUGGGCCAUGUUAACCUAUUCACUAGCAAGCUAGCGUUACCAAAUUAACUUUUACUAAUACAAGUCUAAAUUCUGUCAUUAAUUAAUGUUCUCCAUCUAGCUAGCAUUACGAUUUAAAAAAUCCUGUCAGGUUUGUUCAUGUUAGCUAGCUAGCGGAUAAACGUUCCAGAAUAUGACUUAAAAUCCUCUCAGAAAUCCUGUCGCUAGUUCAUGUUCCCUGUCUAGCUAGCAUUAUGAUUUAAAAAUUCUUUCAGAAAUUUUGUCCGGGUAUUUCAUGUUCGCCUUCUAGCUAGCAUUAGUGGAUAAACAUUCCAGAAUCUGACUUAAAACCCUCUCAGAAAUCCUGUCAGUCUCGCUCAUGUUAGCCAGCCAGUUUCAGUGAAGGAUGAUUCAUCACAAAAACCCCCCAAAACAAUCUCUGAAAAGAUAGUGGCAGGGAUUCAAACCCUCUAGAAGAGUUCACAGUAAGGGGAAGUCAACAAGAGCGUGUUUUAUAAAGUAGUGAAGUUGUACGUCACCAAAAUAUCUACUGAAAUAUUACAGAAUUCUUCAUAUUCUGCUAUCUCGUUACUAAAUUUAUUAACAAUGAGCUGUUCGCAUCUUGAAAGACGUAUAUAAAUAAUGUAGUUUUCUCAACUGGAAUUUGUCACAUUCUCAUGCUACUGUAAACAUGCUAAUUUAUCCCUUAGCUUUUCCAAACAGCAUUCCAGAGCAACUCAAACAGCACAACACAACACGACGCCACCAUCCAUCGUGCAGGCACUAUUGUGUGGCGAUGUUUUCGUUUAUUUAUUUCGUAUAUUUGUAUUAUUUCUCAACGAAUCAGAAACUGACGUCUAGUAGACCAAAUAUGCGCCUUUAUUUUACGUUUGCUCCGGUGUUCUUUCCUUUCCCCGAUGUAAAGUCGUCUUUUGUCCAUCGCUGUCAUGUCUGUAUAUGAUGAGGUUCUCGUCCUGACACGUAGUCUCGUAUUUAUUUCAACUCUGCUGUACGUAUAAUACACGGGAGCUGUGUCCGUGUUCCCUUUAACGUGAUAUGGUAAUACGUAACACUUUACAUUACAUUAAGCGUCCUUUAACUAUUUCCUGUGAUGGAUAACAUUAGCAAACCACAAACUUGAGCAUUUUUUACACCAUGCGAACAAACUUAAGACUUGUGUAAAUGAUUAGCAUUAUAAACUUACUUAUGGUGUAUUAAUACUGAUGGUGAUGCUGAUUUAAUAUAAACAAUCAUUCCCUCACCAGCAGCGCUUUUCUCUCGCUCUCUCUCUCUCAAACAACAAACGAAGCUUGUCAUGUUCCCUAAGAAACCGCAAAAAAAAACAAAAAAAAAAAACAUCUGUCUAGAAGACUUUCCUACGUUGGAAAACUUUAGUUCCAGCUUUACCUCCGAUUCUAACAACACACUGAAACUGGAGACUCCUUCCAGAAACAUCACAAUGUAACAAUUAGACUUCUCCGUUUUACGUGGCGUGUCCCUAUGAACGAGUUGUUACUAUAGAAACGGUAACGUAUUAGUGCAAGUGCGUUAAUAUAAACCUGUGAAUUGAACUCGAGUCAGAGCUGCUGUUGGAGAAAAUGUAUCGAGGCAUUCUGACCAAUCAGAAUCGAGACUCGACGAUGCUUUGCUACUUUAGCGUUACGUCCGAUUUGAUUAACGCUGAAGUUUAUGGUUUGUUAAUGUUAUUUUACACCGAACCUUGUGAAAGGGUUCAUUUGGUUCUGGAUUGGCAUCGUGGGGUCAUCAGGGGUCACGGUGAAAAUCUUCUCUUCCAGCUAAAGGAAUAACAAAUUUAAAAAAAAAUUUUUUAAUUAAAAAAAAACUUGUUCAAACCUAAAUUUAGUUUAAAAAGGGAAUUUGAGUGGUAUCGUAUCGUACACAAUAUAACAUUUCUUUUAGUUCUCCGUUAGUGUUCUAAAGGGAACAGACUCUUUGAGUACACCUCCCAUACAGGUCACUUUGCAGGUAUCCAGAUGUGGUCCUGUUGUGGUUCCUUUCCUUUGAUGGAUAGAUUGAUGAAUUAUUGUGCAACAGAUGAGCUACAGCCAGUAAUUGUACACCUACAUGGUAGGGUUUUAACUGAUAAAACAACCAGUGCAGGUAGGAUAUGCUCCAAGCUAAUAAACUAGUUAUCGAGUGACCAAAAUGUUAUCAGAAAGACCCUGGAAGACAUGUGCUACAGUACACCAAGUUACUUUCAUGACAGUAUUUUGCUUUUCUUUUUCUUUUAUUUCUUCAAUUUUUCAGUUCAGUGAAUUUUGUCUCUGGAACAUGUAUUUUGAGUUUUUACCUGCAAGGGGACCCGCGGCCUGUGUUCUUCGUACGUGGAUUACCGAGUUAGCUGGAUCGGAUUAUUGGCGAUUUUGCACGAUUAUCGGUUUGUUUUCCCAACACAAGAAGUCCGUAAGCUUAGAAAAUGGCUUAGAAAAUCAUGCGCCGUAUAUCUCGUAAUAUAUCUCACACUUAUUCAAACGACGUCAAGUAAUUCUGCUCUCGUCUAAAGAAAAGCGGCUGGAGUUUGAGUUGCUACUUGCAGCGUAAUCUUCGACGAUGGAUAUUUAUUUACUUAAAGAUUUAGUAUGGGAUGAGGUGAGACAUUACAAGUGCCACUUCAGCAUAAGUAUAUGACCGUUACACAUGUACUCUAAUGAGAUAAAGAGAUGAAGGUUGCUCUACUCUCUGUACUUCUUCCUGUUGCUGGAGUGCUACUAUUAGGGCUGUUACCUAGUAUAGAUUUUAAAAAAUAAUGGGAGGUACAUAAUCGGAUACUCCUCUUGACUGUCCCACCGCAGCGUCGAGGAAAAGUUACGGUUACUUUUAAAUCUGAGAGUUCUCUUUGGAUAUGCGAAAAAAGAACCAAAAAUGUGGACACAAUUUCAUCAGUUCAUCGACUCGAAAUGGCAAAUACAGUUCGUUUUGCACAAACAUCGGUUUCCUCAGUUUAUACUAAACUGUGUAGGUCUCACUACAUUGUGCUUAAAAUAAUAUUAAAGAAAAAACAAACCUUUUAAUGAUCUCUCCAGGCUUCUGUACCAUUCGCCAAUCGUUCACUCAGUGAUUACGAAGAACUUCAUUAUAGUGUUUGGCUUGAUCACAGUUGGUGAAUCUUGUCUAUCAAGUAUCAUUUUUAUCUCGGAAUCAUAAAUCAACGUACGAAGAACAGGGCCCGGUUUUUGUAUUAUAAAUAUUAUUUUUAUUAUUAUUAUUAUUCUUUAGAAUCGUUAUUAGUAGUAGUCUCGGUUACAAUGAAAUAUGCUGUGGUGUAUGUCAGAAACCACGCCCUCUUCCCUACAUGGUGCACUAUUUUUUUUCCAUUUAGUUGUAAUGAAAUCCCACAAUGCAUGGAGGGUCGGUGAUGUAGCUUGGCUGCCGUCAUGAAUCCCCACAAUGCAUUUUGUCAGAGGACAACGGCAUUUCGUGCGGGGGGGGGGGGAGACAAGAUUAUUGGUGAUCUGUGAUGGGUGUGAAAUAUUUAUUAUGGGAUUAAAUAAAAGUGGGUGGAGCCGUUUAUACAUGGCAAAAUGUGUCUGGAUCUUCAAACUGGAACAUUUCGUUUUCUUUUAUGUUGGUGAAAUUUUGAGUCCGUAUACGUACACGGAUGAACGUGUGGGUUGUUUUUUUUUUUUUUUGUGUGUGUGUGUGUGUGUGUGUGUGUGUGUGUGUGUGUGUGUGUGUGUGUGUGUGUGUGUGUAUACCAACAUGGUUUUUGUUUUGUAUUGCUAAAAAAUGGAAUGAAGUGUAUGUGUACUUUACGUGUGUAUGUGUGUCAGCAUCAGAAUUCAAACCAACGUGUAUUUAAAUGAACAUUUUGGCCACAAAUGAAACGUACACAAUUAUCGUCCGUACCCGAAACGUUUAGCACGAUGCUGAAUUGGUAGCUUUUAUUAUGUACCAGCUCCAGUUCAAAAAUGAAGAAACAAAACUGACAUGACGCCUGCUUCGGCUAAUCGACUGCAUUUGGGGUCAAAUUUGGGAAACUUGUGUACACUUCAUUCCAUUUUUAAUUUUUUUUUUGCCAAACUUCUCCUUUAAUCAUGACCAAGCCAUUGUUUCAGCAUCAAGUGUUUGAAAAAUGUUUCUUAUAUAUAUAUAUAUAUAUAUAAUUUGUUGUACUCAAGCCAUCAAUGCAAUAGUUUGUGCAAUGAAUUAAAUGACACAAUUUCAAUGCAAAGACAAAAUGUAAAACGUGUUGUAGGUGAUUAUAGGCUGAGUAAACUGCAGGCAGGUCUGUUAGAUAGAAACCUCUUGAUUAGCAGUUAAUAACAGUUAUAUGUAUAUUAAUUAUUUAUAAAGCGUGAUAUACAACAGUGCUUUGCUUUAGGAGAAAAGCGGCUUUCUCGGCUGAACACUGUAGACUUUAUUAUUAUUAUUAUUAUUAUUAUUAUUAUUAGUUUAUUCGGACCUCGUUGUUACUGUUAAGAAUGUCCUGGAGCUCGAUUUAACCCUGACUGUCCUGACAUUAUUAUUAAAGGAGCAGUUUGUAAUGCUGUCUGUGAAGUGAAUGGCAAUCCCCAGUAAAACAUUUAUAAGUCACGCCCCCAGAUGACCCCACCCCCUCUGUCGAAACUACAUUUGCCUCUUAAGGAAAGCAUUUCAAUGGAAAGCAAUUGGCGAUACUGAUGAAGGGGCUGAGAUCAUUUCAGGGCCAGAAAGCCUGAAAUGAAGACUCUAGCAAGAUCAGCUUACACUGCAUUACACAGUUUUUCCUCAGUUCUCUUUUAAAGUAAUAGGUCGGUUCGUACAGGCCUGAAAACAAUCUUCAACAUUGCAAACUGCACCUUUUUAAUAUUUGUGACAUUUUACCAUGAAAGUAGUAAACAACAUUUAAAGAUACUUUGAUCCUUGGAGGAAAUUUAGUAAAAUAGUAAGAGCUGAACCUUCAUAAACAUGUCCAAAUGAUUCUGUUCGCAGCUAAAGUCACCAAACUUCUUGUUAUUGUGUGUCUAUUAGUGUUUUUUAUUAUUAUUAUUAUUAUAAUGUAUAAAUCACAAUCUUUAAAAACUUGUCUCCUAA